AUGUCGCCAUCCGCCGACGUUACCGUCGCAAACCUGCGCGAGUCCCUCUGCUCCGAGGACACUCAUCUCCCGCAUGAGCUAGCGUACUGUCUCGGCCAGACUGGCAACCUUGCCGCGGCGAAGAGCCUCCGCGAGACCCUCGAGAACCUCGAAGAGGAUCCCAUGGUCCGUCAUGAGGCUGCCGAGGCUCUCGGUGCGUUGGGCGAUGUAGAUAGUCUGGAGCUUCUCAGGCGGUACAGGGAUCGCGAGGGCGAAUCUGUCGCCGUCAAGGAAACCUGCGAGAUCGCCAUCGACAGGCUCGAGUGGGAAAGCUCGGAGCAACGCAAGGCGGAGAAAUUGAAGCAGAGCCUCUCUUCCUCCGAUACCGUGCCAUGUUUGCCCUCCGCGACCUGGCUUCACCCCGACUUGCCCACCGCCGAGCCCGCCGUCCUGGCCCUCGCCGAGGGUUUCAAGGAUACUUCUGAGCUCUUUAGACACGAGGUUGCCUUUGUAUUCGGCCAAUUGUCUCAUCCCGCCUCGAUCCCCGCGCUUACCGCCGCGCUUAGCGAUACGAAUGAGGCUAGUAUGGUGCGCCACGAGGCAGCAGAGGCUCUCGGAAGCCUUGGCGACGAGGAGGGUGUUGAGGAUACGCUGAGGAAGUUCCUGGACGAUGCGGAGAAGGUUGUGCGGGAGAGUGUCAUCGUGGCACUGGAUAUGGCCGAGUAUGAGAGGAGCAAUACUGUCGAAUACGCAUUGAUACCCGAGUCGGCACAGGCUUCUGCAUGA